AGACUGCUUCUUGGUGUAGAAUGACAGGGUGAAUUUAUCUUGUAGAUUGGUGGAAAAUAUCUAUAUAAGAGACAACUGGUUUCAAAUGUCACCCGAACGUGCGCUUUCGUGACGACUCGGUUUCCCUGACUUUGCUCUUUGUAAAAAAUACAAACUGCUUUGGAGAAAUGGUGAAAGGUAACUGAAGACUGAAAAGGAAAAAGCUCCCAAGUUUGAUAUGGCUGAAGGAGAGAAUGAAGUGAGAUGGGAUGGACUGUGCAGUAGAGAUUCAAGUACCAGAGAGACAGCACUGGAACACAUUAGACAAAUUGUUUUGAGAAAAACCGAGUAUCUUUGUUCAGUGAAAGAGACACCUUAUCGUCCAUCAGAAGGGCUUUCAAAUGCUGUUUCUUUGGAUGGGUUGAAUAAGCUUCUUGCUCAUCUGCUCAUGCUUUCUAAAAGGUGUCCCUUUAAAGAUGUAAGGGAGAAAAGUGAGUUUAUUCUCAAGAGCGUCCAGGAACUUGGUAUUAGAAUUCCUCGACCACUGGGACACGGACCAAGCAGAUUCAUCCCAGAACAGGAGAUUCUCCAAGUGGGGAGUGAAGACGCACAGAUGCACGCUUUAUUUGCAGAUUCUUUUGCUGCUUUGGGUCGUUUAGAUAACAUUACAUUAGUGAUGGUUUUUCACCCACAAUAUUUAGAAAGUUUCUUAAAAACUCAACACUAUCUACUGCAAAUGGAUGGGCCUUUACCUCUUCAUUAUCGCCACUAUAUUGGAAUAAUGGCUGCAGCAAGACAUCAGUGUUCCUACUUAGUGAACCUCCAUGUAAAUGACUUCCUUCAUGUUGGUGGGGACCCCAAGUGGCUCAAUGGCUUAGAGAAUGCUCCUCAAAAACUACAAAAUUUAGGAGAACUCAACAAAGUGUUAGCCCAUAGACCCUGGCUUAUUACCAAAGAACACAUUGAGGGACUUUUAAAAGCCGAAGAGCACAGCUGGUCCCUUGCAGAACUGGUCCAUGCAGUAGUUCUGCUCACACACUAUCAUUCUCUUGCCUCAUUCACCUUUGGCUGUGGAAUAAGUCCAGAAAUUCAUUGUGACGGUGGCCACACGUUCAGAUCUCCUUCUGUUAGUAACUAUUGCAUCUGUGACAUUGCAAAUGGCAAUCAUAAUGUGGAUGAAAUGCAGGUCAACUCAGCAGGAAAUGUUUCUGUAAGUGAUUCCUUUUUUGAGGUUGAAGCCCUCAUGGAAAAAAUGAAGCAGUUACAGGAAUGUCGCGAUGAAGAAGAGGCAAGUCAGGAAGAGAUGGCUUCACGUUUUGAAAUAGAAAAAAGAGAAAGUAUGUUUGUCUUCUCUUCAGAUGAUGAAGAAGUUACACCAGCAAGAGAUGUAUCUCGUCACUUUGAGGAUACUAGCUAUGGCUAUAAGGAUUUCUCCAGGCAUGGGAUGCAUGUUCCAACAUUUCGAGUCCAGGACUAUUGCUGGGAAGACCACGGUUACUCUUUAGUAAAUCGCCUUUAUCCGGAUGUAGGACAGCUGAUUGAUGAAAAAUUUCAUAUCGCUUACAAUCUUACUUAUAAUACAAUGGCAAUGCACAAAGAUGUUGAUACCUCAAUGCUUAGACGUGCCAUUUGGAACUAUAUUCACUGCAUGUUUGGAAUAAGAUACGAUGACUAUGACUAUGGUGAAAUUAACCAGCUAUUGGAUCGAAGUUUUAAAGUUUAUAUCAAAACUGUUGUUUGCACUCCUGAAAAGGUUACCAAACGAAUGUAUGAUAGCUUCUGGAGGCAGUUUAAGCACUCUGAGAAGGUUCAUGUUAAUCUGCUUCUUAUAGAAGCUAGGAUGCAAGCAGAACUCCUCUAUGCUCUGAGAGCCAUUACCCGCUAUAUGACCUGAUCCCUUUCCUCCAGUAAAGAUGAUGGAAUGAUCAGCAGAGAAAUCUAUAAGGGGAAGGUACUGAAUCCCAGGACCAAUGGUAGAUAAAAGAAUUCAGACUCCAUUGUGCCAUGAUUCCUUUAGUUUCUGCUAUUUUACUGUGGAAAUGCCACUGCUGGCACGAGCAGUGACUGCUUGGCAGCUUCCAGAUUAGAGCUGUGAAGAAGGUCUGCCGUUCACAGUAUUUUGCUUUUUGACAGUACAAGAUGCUGUAUAAUUGUUUUAAUACAGCAAAUAGUAACUCCAAAUCCUGUUGCUUUUAUGUUAAACAAGAAUUGGAGCAUGCAAAGAAUGGGACUUGGAUAAUGACUUAAGCUUUAUACAUAGAGAAUUGUAGAAAAUCUUGGUGCUGCUAUUCUUGCGGGUGGAAUGAAUGACUCGAACAGCUACUUAGUAAUACAAGUGAGCGCCGCUACUACCUGAGCCUACAUACACAACUUGUGGUUUCCAAAUUAAACUUGCAUAUGUGUUAUUGGUUUUUGCAUCUAAAAAAGCAUAGAAAUAUUACUUAGAGCUCAUUAAAGACCAUUUUGGUGGUAACAGUUCAUUUCUUUCACUAUAGUUGUUUAUUCAAAUUCAGAGUUAUAUCAAAUUGCAGUGAUGUUCUUAAAGAUUUUCUUUAAAAAGCAAUCUUAAAUGAAAGUGUGUAAAUUAUAAGCUAUCUUUUGAUAUACUGUUUCCCAAGAUUCUGACACUGGAGGGCGGCUGUCUUGUGCAGUAUUGCUGUGUCCAGCACCAAAGUUGUGGAGAUGUUUGUGUAGACUGCUGCGCAGUCCCAGGUGCCUCCUAGACCUCUGUUCCUGCCCAGCUCCAGGGUCCCCAAUUGAGAGGUUGUGCAGCUCCUUAAAUAAUAAGCUGGAAAAUAUUUUUAGUCAUGUUAUCAAAUUGGACUUACAAAAAUGUUAAUUUGUUUGAAUUGCAAACAGGUUUAAAAAUGUAUUAAGUACUUUGUAUUCUGGAAGCGUGAAUUGCUUUUGAAGUCUGUCAGUAUUACUGGUAUUUUUCAAUAAAGAAUAAUUUUUCUCCACUUUUA